AUGGCACAAGAGGAAACAAGAGGAGCGCAUUCACAAGACUCAGCGUUGUGCUCCAGUCUGACCACCGCAGAACUGCAACACAACUGGAAAGAGGAGAAGAGCAGAGAGCGCCCCCUAAAGCUGCUGUUCCAGCUGCCCUCACACCGGGAAACACAGACGGUGUUCAGCAGACAUGUGGUCUUCCAGGUGGUCGUCAUGCGCUCCGGAAGCUUCGACUCGCACCGCGUCUCAGUCGAGCGCCGCUACAGCGACUUCUCCAAGCUGCACCAAACUCUGCUGCAGGAAUUCAAUGAAGAACUGGAUGAAAUCUCUCUCCCCCCGAAACUUCUCACCGGAAACUUCUCCGAAGAGUGUCUACUGGAGCGGCGGAGAGCGCUGCAGAACUACCUGAGCGCACUCUCCGCUAAUCCGUGCGUCCGCCGCUGUGCGCACUUUGCAGACUUCUUCACAGAUCCGGAACUGAGGAAAGCGCACUCUUUGCUGAGGGCAGGGCAGUUUCAUUCGGCUUUGGAAAUGCUGAAACUCGUGUUGCAGAUCCAGGAGAAGCUAGCGCCUUGGCAGAGCGCAACGUUUGCCGUGCACACGUUAGCGGCGCUAGCGGUGUGCCACAGAGACCUGGACGAGGAGGAGCAGGCGUACGCAGCUGCGGACAGAGCCCUCCUAACGGUGAGGCAGUAUGGCCCCUCACAGUACCGGGGGCCCCUGCUGCAGCUUCUGGUGGACGUGGGCUUCUCUCUGGGACGUCGCGUAGCUCAGCUCCAGGACGAGAUGCUGAGGCUGAGAGAGGCGCAGAGGGGAAGGGUUGACACAAGGUCCCUGAAGGAGAUCGUGAUCCAGAGCUUUGUGUGA